CCACUUAGCACGUGCAGGCGAGAGUAAGAUUAGUAAACCUUAACGACGUUGUUGUUUUCGAGAAAAAUCACAAAUCGAAACAAGAGCGAAAACGAAAAGAAAAUUUUUUACUGCACAGAAGAAAUUCCUCCUCAUUUCAUGGCAUUUUGAUGAUGCAGAGAGGGUCCUCUUCAAAUACCAGUUAUUACAGGAAGAGGCCACCAUUCGUAGAUCUGCCUUCUCUUCACAGUUGAUCCUGAAGAAGAAGAGAGAGAACGAAAAUGAAUUUGCUCAAGGAUUUACCGGCUAUGGAUCAUAUGAGAUCUGAGCAGAUGACUCUAGUUCAGCUCAUAAUCCCCGUGGAGUCAGCCCAUGGUGCCAUCUCUUACCUUGGAGAUCUCGGCCUCCUCGAAUUCAAAGAUUUAAAUGCUGAUAAGAGCCCUUUCCAGCGAACAUUUGUUAAUCAGGUAAAACGUUGCGGAGAGAUGUCACGUAAGCUGCGAUUCUUCUCUGAUCAAAUUAGCAAAGCCGGUCUAUCAUCAUCUUCCACUCCUUCUGGAAUGCAGCGAGAGAUGGACCUGGAGGAGCUAGAGAUCCAACUUGCUGAGCAUGAAAUAGAACUACUUGAGAUGAAUGCCAAUAGUGAAAAACUAAGUCGGACUUACAAUGAACUUUUGGAGUUCAAGUUUGUUCUACAAAAGGCAGGUGGCUUCCUUGUUUCAGCUCAGAGCCAUGUCAUUGCCCAGGAGCAGGAACUAGAUGAAAAUGUGUAUUCUACGGAAGACUAUGUCGAGGACAUGUCUUUGCUUGAACAGGAGCUGAAGCAAGCGCCUUCAAAACAAUCUGGUUUGAGAUUUAUCAGCGGAAUAAUUUGUAGCACCAAAAUUACUAGAUUUGAGAGGAUUCUCUUUCGUGCUACAAGGGGGAAUAUGCUAUUUAAUCAGGCACCUCUUGACGAAUAUGUCAUAGACCCAUCAUCAAAUGAAAAGGUUAAGAGAACUGUUUUUGUGGUAUUCUUUUCGGGGGAGCAGGCUAAAUCAAAAGUCCUGAAAAUAUGUGAAGCGUUUGGUGCAAAUUGCUACCCUGUUCCUGAGGAAAUUAAUAAACAGAGGCAAAUAACUCGAGAGGUUUUGUCACGACUUUCAGAAUUUGAAGCUACGCUUGAUGCUGGGAUCCGUCACAGGAACAAGGCUCUCACAUCCAUUGGUUAUCACUUAAAAGAAUGGACGUUAUUGGUGAAAAAAGAGAAAGCAGUGUAUGAUACAUUAAACAUGCUAAAUUUUGAUGUUACUAAGAAGUGUCUUGUUGGAGAGGGCUGGUGCCCUCUAUUUGCAAAAGCUCAGAUUCAAGAAGUACUGCAACGUGCGACUAUGGAUAGCAAUUCACAAGUGGGGACAAUAUUCCAAGUGAUGGAUGCAGAGGAAUCACCUCCCACAUAUUUCAGAACUAAUCGUUUCACACAUGCGUUUCAAGAAAUUGUUGAUGCCUAUGGUGUUGCUCGGUACCAAGAAGCAAAUCCUGGAGUGUACACAGUCAUCACAUUUCCUUUUCUUUUUGCUGUAAUGUUUGGUGAUUGGGGUCAUGGAAUCUGCCUGCUGUUGGGAUCAUUGAUCCUGAUAAUCCGAGAGAAAAGGCUUGGCUCUCAGAAACUUGGCAACUUUAUGGAAAUGGCAUUUGGAGGGCGAUAUGUAAUCCUAUUGAUGGCACUGUUUUCAAUCUACUGUGGACUGAUUUACAAUGAGUUUUUCUCUGUACCUUUCCAUAUAUUCGGGCAUUCCGCAUAUAGAUGCCGGGACUUGACAUGCAGUGAUGCCUCUAGAAUGGGUCUAAUCAAAUAUAGGGGUCCAUACCCGUUUGGUGUGGAUCCUAGCUGGCGUGGAAGUCGUUCUGAGCUGCCGUUUCUUAAUUCCCUGAAAAUGAAGAUGUCAAUUCUGCUUGGGGUGGUACAGAUGAAUCUUGGAAUAAUUCUUAGUUAUUUCAAUGGAAAGUUUUUUGGUAGCUCUAUAGAUAUACGGUAUCAAUUCGUCCCUCAGAUGAUAUUUCUGAACAGCCUCUUUGGUUACCUAGCGCUCCUUAUUAUAAUUAAGUGGUGUACGGGUUCUCAAGCUGACCUAUAUCAUGUGAUGAUCUACAUGUUCUUGAGUCCCAUGGAUGAUCUUGGUGAAAACCAGUUGUUCUGGGGCCAGAGACCACUACAGAUAUUGUUGCUGCUCAUGGCAAUUGUUGCAGUUCCAUGGAUGCUCUUCCCAAAACCAUUAAUUUUAAGAAAACUUCAUACUGAGAGGUUUCAAGGUCGCACAUAUGGCAUUCUAGGUACUUCUGAGUUGGAUUUUGACUCAGAACCAGAUUCGGCUCGCUCUGUGCGGCAACACGAGGACUUCAAUUUCAGUGAGGUAUUUGUGCAUCAGAUGAUACAUUCCAUUGAGUUUGUGCUAGGCUCUGUCUCAAACACUGCAUCAUAUCUUCGGCUCUGGGCUUUGAGCUUGGCUCACUCGGAGUUGUCAACGGUUUUCUAUGAGAAAGUCUUGGUUCUUUCUUGGGGGUUUGACAGCAUUGUAAUUCGCAUAAUCGGACUUGGGGUAUUUGCCUUUGCCACUGCCUUUAUAUUACUCAUGAUGGAGUCCCUCAGCGCGUUUCUCCAUGCCCUGAGGCUCCAUUGGGUUGAGUUUCAAAACAAAUUUUACCAAGGGGAUGGCCAUAAAUUCAAGCCAUUUUCUUUUGCCGCAUUGGCCAAUGAAGAAGAUUGAGAUGUCGUCCCACAGAAGAUGAUUGAGAUGUCAUCCCACAGCUAACAUGCCAUUUUGUUCAUCAACUAUAUCGGCAAGUUCAAAUAUUUGAAAGCCCCGCACAAUUCUUUUGAGCGGUUGAUGAGAUAUAUAUGUAUGCAUAUACAAAAUGAGCUCCUGUGUAUUUCUAGGCCAUGUAAUCACCUUGUAAGAGUAGUAGCAGCAGGGGAAUUCAAUGUUCACAACUUCCAGAGAAGCAUAUUUUUACACACCUUGUGUGUGGAUUUUGCAAUGAUGUAGCCAUAUUGUGGACAGAACUUUGACUUGAAAUUUUGGGUUAAUACAAAAGUUGGAAAGUGCAGAAUGCGUUCAAAAUAGUCACAUGAGGAAAAGAA